CCCCCGGCACAGCCUGCCCGCCCGCCUGCGCGCCGUGCGGGGCGGCCGUGCGCCGAGGGAGCGCGGAGCGGAGCAUGGCGCGGCCGGGGGCCGGGCAGCAGCUGCGCCCGGGGCCGGGGCCGCCGCUGCGGCUGCUCCUGCUGCUGGGCGUCCUCCUGCUGCGCGGUGGAGCGGCGGGGGGGGCCGAGCCGUGCCAGGCGCCGCGGCAGUGGGAAGGGCGCACCGUGUUCUACGAGCACGGCUCGGGCCGCAACACGAGGGCCGCCGUCUCCUACGACGGCCCCAACCAGCGCCUCCGCAUCCUGGAGGAGAGGAAGGCGCUCAUCCCCUGCAAGAAGUUCUUUGAGUAUAUAUUGCUCUACAAAGAUGCGGUGAUGUUUCAGAUUGAACAAGUUACAAAGCUUUGCUCGAAGAUUGCUCUGACAGAGCCAUGGGAUCCAUAUGAUAUUCCUGCCAAUUCAACUUACGAAGAUCAGUACUACAUUGGGGGACCUGGAGAUGAAGUUAUGGUACAGGAAUGGUCUGACAGGAAACCAGCCAGAAAAUUGGAAUCCUGGGUCGGCGUUUACACUGUCAAAGACUGUUACCCAGUACAGGAAACCUACACCAAGAACUACAGCGUGACGACCUCCACUCGCUUCUUUGACAUCCACCUGGGCAUCGCAGACCCCUCCGUGUUCACUCCACCCAGCACCUGCCAGGCAGCCCAGCUGACGAGGAUGAAAGAUGAAUGCUGAGUAUGGACACUGGCUGCCCUAGGCAAACACAUAUUAGCCAAGAAGAUGGUUAUUAGUAGUCAGUUGUUGACAUCUAAGUUGAUUUUUCAAGCUAAUUGCUCUCUUUGGAAGUUGUAAGUUUUCGCUUGAGAGAGAACGUAAGCGUGUAACUGAGAAAAUACAUAAAACAAAAGAUCUCUUUCGAUCACAUUAAUCUGCUCAGUGAUGCACUUACAGUAUUAUAUAGUUGCCAUUAAGAUAAUAUUUCUAGAUACUAUUUAUUUAAGGUUGAUUUUCCUUUUGCAAAGAUUUCAUUAUUUAUUUUUUCACAAAGACAAAGCAUAGGUAGACAGCAGCAAUGGUACUGUCUAGAAGAGAAAGCUAAAUUUUGUUGUCGUUGUUGUUACUUCUGGAGACUUGAAGGGAAAGAUGACCUGCGUAAAACCUCAUCCCUAAGUGAAAAAUAUAAUUUUAAAUUAUAUGCAUCAAAAUUGUGUAAAUUUGUUCUUUUAGUUUUAUUCUGCUUUUUGUUCUCUUUUGGUUGAUUUUUUUUUCUUUCUGCUCUUCAGGAAGCUGGUAGUGAAUUUUUGAGCUAAGUUUUGUUCUUUCUGAAAAGAAACUGGAGUAGCUGUAUUAAUUUGCUGACAUGCAAAAAAUACUUCUUUGUUUCUUGGGAGAAUGGUGUGAACAUAAGGGAAGGAGGGAGAGGUACACCUUCAAAAAGAAGUAAGCCAAAGUUUUUUAUGCAUCUCCCUUUUGGAGAAGGCUUCUCCAAAGGGUGUGGUGAGACAAUUUUCAGUCAAGUUUUACUUCAGCACUCACUUUUCAAGGCAAUACUAGUUUUAACCUAUGGAAAGGGAUUAAAUGGUUCUGUACUCUAAAUGGCUUUAAUGUUUUGCAACUACUUUCAACAGUCUUUACUCAGGGUGUGGAAACACCUUCAUAAUUCCAGGGAGGUUUGAAAAAAGAAAAGCUGUUCUUUGUGCGUAGUUAGUAAAGGCUGCAUCAGCAUUCACACAGUGCCUGGUGGUUGGGAUGGAGAGAAAGACAGAGCCUGUGAGCUGUGUAGAGAGCAGGAGGGAGGAAUGGGAGGCACAGAUUUUAGAUGUCCUCUGUGCGGUGUGGCAGCAAGGCACUACAGUCUGAGCAGAUCCAUUGAUGCCUGUUUUAUUUGCUGUUUCAUCAGCAUCUCAAUCUUACUAUCUCCACAUAACCAAAAAAGUGCAGGGAGUGCACAUAUUUUGCAUUAGAAAAUUCAAACCAAACCUUCAUGCACCUUUGAUACUCUCAGAAGUGUGAUGGGUUUUGCACAUGUACCAAAUGAGAUUAAGUAGUUUAUUCUGUAAGGUGUGCAUUUUAUUUACUACUUGAAAAAGAAUUUAAAGGCAGAUUCUUGUCCUCUUAACACAUGUUGGGUACUUGUUUGCUCCAAAAGUCAUCUGGCUGUAAAUGAAUGUAAGCCCUGGAGAGUUUGGUGUCUCCAGAGGAGAGAUGGUGGGCUGGCUUUUAGUGCUUUAUAUACUCAUAGCUUUUUGUACAUAAGCAAGUGGGACAGUGGUUGUUUUUCUUUCACAGUUGUGGUCAGAAUGGCAUUUUACUCUGCCCCGUGCCUAAUGAAAGCACAUAUACAUACUGGUUAAAAUUCAGCUAGUUCACUAAAAAUGUCUCUUGGAGAGGGCCAUUUCACUGAAACACGCUAGUCGAGAGAAGGAUUGGGUUUCCUUGAAUUUAGAGUGCAUUUAUUCUGUACUCGCCUUCUGUAUUUUUUGUGUGACACUCUAAAUGCUAACUGCAUAUUGUUCUCAUUAGGACAAUGAUUAGCAUGCAUUUCUUAAUAUGUGUCCUGUUAGAAUCUGGAAAAUAUAAUAAAUCUGGCUAGCAAGCAUGAAGCUGUGGUACUGAAUCGUUUGGGAUGGCUUUGUUGCGGUCGAGCAGAUAGCUGGGUAUUCAGGCUGUCUGUAUUAUGUUUUGCUGACAGUGAUACAGUUUCUAGCAACAGCAUUAAGUGUUUCUUUUAAUAUGAAUUUGCAAAUUUGCAAAAUUCUGGUACACAAAAGUGCUUUAAAAUUUUUGCCCUGACUUGCAGGGCAAUUUUAUAUGGCUAAAUAUGUUCCUCUAAAACAAUGAUGUUGUCUUCAUAUUUAUGCUCUACAAAUGCAAUGCAGAGAGUUGUCAAAGAGAUAUCAAGCAACAAAAUUUAGGAUUACGUAUUUUGAAUUAGCCACAAACCAAAUAUGAAGCACAACAUGCGUAUGCCUGGUUUGUUAUCUUUGUUAUGAUGUGCUUUGGUUUGUUGUCAUGUACCACAAGAGACAUCUUGUCUUUAGGCAACUAUGCCAGUGACUCAGUGAGAAGGAGCAUAAAAGGAAUAUAAGGUAGCUAUAUAGUAUGCUGCCACAAUUGAAUAAAAAUGGGGGUUUCAUAUGUCUGAUAGUCUGGGAAACUUGUUUUCACAGUUAUUUGGUGAAAAAUUAAUAACAAAUUGGUAUGUACA